CAGCCUGAUGGUCAAAUGCCAAGUGAUAAAACCAUUGGUGGCGGGGACGACUCCUUCAACACGUUCUUCAGUGAGACUGGAGCUGGCAAGCACGUGCCCAGAGCAGUGUUUGUGGACCUGGAGCCCACUGUGGUCGAUGAAGUGCGCACAGGGACCUACAGGCAGCUCUUCCACCCGGAGCAGCUGAUCACCGGGAAGGAAGAUGCAGCCAAUAAUUAUGCCAGGGGCCAUUACACCAUCGGCAAGGAGAUUGUUGACCUAGUCCUGGACCGGAUCCGCAAACUGGCGGAUCUGUGCACAGGACUGCAGGGCUUCCUCAUCUUCCACAGCUUUGGGGGCGGCACUGGCUCUGGGUUCGCAUCUCUGCUCAUGGAGCGGCUCUCAGUGGAUUACGGCAAGAAGUCCAAGCUAGAGUUUGCCAUUUACCCAGCCCCCCAGGUCUCCACGGCCGUGGUGGAGCCCUACAACUCCAUCCUGACCACCCACACGACCCUGGAACAUUCUGACUGUGCCUUCAUGGUCGACAAUGAAGCCAUCUAUGACAUAUGUCGGCGCAACCUGGACAUCGAACGUCCCACGUACACCAACCUCAAUCGUCUGAUUGGGCAGAUCGUGUCCUCCAUCACGGCCUCCCUGCGAUUCGAUGGGGCCCUGAAUGUGGACUUGACGGAAUUCCAGACCAACCUAGUGCCGUACCCCCGCAUCCACUUCCCCCUGGCCACCUACGCCCCAGUCAUCUCAGCCGAGAAGGCCUACCACGAGCAGCUGUCUGUGGCUGAGAUCACCAAUGCCUGUUUCGAGCCAGCCAAUCAGAUGGUCAAGUGUGACCCUCGCCAUGGCAAGUACAUGGCCUGCUGCAUGUUGUACAGGGGGGACGUGGUCCCCAAAGACGUCAACGCGGCCAUCGCCACCAUCAAGACCAAACGCACUAUCCAGUUUGUGGAUUGGUGCCCGACUGGAUUUAAGGUGGGCAUUAACUACCAGCCCCCCACAGUGGUCCCCGGGGGAGACCUGGCCAAGGUGCAGCGGGCUGUGUGCAUGCUGAGCAACACCACGGCCAUCGCGGAGGCCUGGGCCCGCCUGGACCAUAAGUUCGAUCUCAUGUAUGCCAAGCGGGCCUUUGUGCACUGGUACGUGGGCGAAGGCAUGGAAGAGGGAGAGUUCUCUGAGGCCCGCGAGGACCUAGCAGCUCUAGAGAAGGAUUAUGAAGAGGUGGGCGUGGAUUCCGUGGAAGCUGAGGCUGAAGAAGGCGAAGAAUACUGAGGGGAGGGUGUGGUGGGUUCUCCCCUGCCACCCCCAGGAUGGCUACUUUCAAGUUGUUUGCAAUUAAAGGUUCUGUAUAAAACCAAGACCUCUGUGUGUCGUGCAGCUUAGCUCUGCCUACAGGAGCCGAUGGGACCCCAGAGCCUGCAUGGACAGCGGUGGGGUGCCAGCCUGCCCUGCUGGCGUGGGGUUUGGUGCAGCAGGACUGUACAUAAGCAGCUGCCAUGGAAGUAACCUGACCAGGGGAAAACAGUGUUUAUUCAAAGCCAGGCAUUCAAUGUACAGAUUUCCUAAAUUCUAGGAAAGCAGAGUCAGGGUUUUCAACUGAAUUUGCGAUUUUUCGGGCUUAUUGAUGGGUCAUGCUGGCUAAAAGGGAGACUAGAAGUGUUGGAGGUCUGUGGAUGGGGCUUGUCCAUGAAGUCUCUAAAGCUGUGGGUCAAAUCUGUAAGGUCAGGACAUCUUAAGAGAGGGAAAGAGUAUUAACCGAGUUCCGCACAGCAUUCAUGACCCACAGAAGGUUACAACUCACCCAUGCUGACCCCAGUGCUCCACGGUAACCUGGAAGGCAGCGUUUGCCCUCUGUGCGCACAUACAGCCACCCUGUCCCUCAGCAUUGCCAACUGUCUUGGUAGAAAACCUCCCAUGAGGUGGGAGAUCGAGACCAUCCUAGCUAACACGGUGAAACCCCGUCUCUACUAAAAAUACAACAAAAUUAGCUGG